GGGUUUGUGCAGAGAGACUCAAGACUUUGCCGUUGUCAACCAGUUCAUCUUGAUCGUUGGUCCCUAAGACACUUACUCCCCCAUUCCUUCGAAAAUGAAGAUGAAGUUCAUAAGAAUGACGAUCCUUCUUUGUUCCAUUCUGAUAACGGAUUCCUUAGCCCAAUAUGAAGACGCUGAUCCAGAUUAUCCGGCCUUUGACGAUAAUGACAAACCAUUUUACGAUGACUCGUCGGACGACGCCUAUGUGGACAAGGAUGACGGUGACAACCACGACGCUUUGAAAUCACAACCCCAAGAUACCCCCCGUUCUUUGGAGGAGGAGAUUUCUGUAUUUGGCCUUUGUCGGAGAUGUUCAUGCAACUUUGAUCUGGUGUGCCGAUUUCGAUGUCCUUUACGAUGUCGCGGUUUUGGACGCGGGUUCCCCGGCACAUUUUGCACCGUGUGUUCUUGCCUCAGUUUGGAGUGCAAUCUGCGUUGCUUUCAGUGCAGUGGACGAGGACCGACCCUCUUUGCCGACGGUGAAGACGAGAACCAGGCUGACUAGGACAUUCUAAUUCUUAAAUUGUAAUAUUGUACUUAUGAAAACAUGGGCAUGUGGAUUUUUGAGCUCUUAAAUAAAUUACUCUAGUCAAA